AUGCAAACGGAAAAUAAAAAAAAUAAUUUGGUAGAUAAUGAUAUUGGUGGAACAACAAAUCGUCGAUCAAAUAUUGAAUUAAUUAAUCAAACAACAAAUAAUCAUGUUAUUGAUAAAUAUAUAUGUGGAACAAGAGUUGUACGUGGUCCUGAUUGGAAAUAUGGAAAACAAGAUGGUGGAGAAGGACAUGUUGGAACGGUAAAAUCAUUUGAAAAUGAUAAUGAGCAACAAGAAGUUAUUGUUAUUUGGGAUUAUGGUGAAGUCGGAAGACAUUAUCGAUGUCGAACACAAUUUGAUUUAAGAGUAUUAGAUAAUAGUGCAACUGGUAUUUGUCAUGAUAAUUCAGUCUGUUCUGGAUGCGGACAAACUCCGAUAUAUGGUAUUCGUUGGCAUUGUGGUGAUUGUCCAAAUGUUGAUCUUUGUUCUAUGUGUUAUCAUAGUGAUCGACAUAAUACUCGUCAUCGAUUUUGUCGCAUUGUAACUCCACAUGGUGAAAAAAUUUUGAUUGAUCCAAGACGAAAAGCAAAAAAAUUACCUAUCCGUGGUCUUUAUCCUGGUGCAAAAGUUUCUCGUGGUCCAGAUUGGAAUUAUGGUGAUCAAGAUUCGGGAGAGAAAAAAAAUGGUAAAAUCAUUGAAAUACAAGAUUGGUCAAAAACACAUCCACGUAGUGCUGCUUAUGUAGUUUGGGAUAAUGAUCGAGAAAAUCUCUAUCGUCUAGGAUUUAAUGGCAUGGUUGAUUUACGUGCAAUAACACCCGGAAAAGGUGGUUAUUAUUAUCCUGAACAUACUCCAUUACUUGGUGAAACAUAUUAUUCACGAGAACAUUUAUCGUCUGGAUUAACAAAUGAAAUUAGUCAACAAUUUCAAGUUGGUGAUUAUGUUAAUAUUGAUUUAGAACUUGAAAUAGUUCAAUCACUUCAACAUGGUCAUGGUGGUUGGACAGAUAAUAUGUUUGAAUGUUUGGGUACAACUGGUGUGGUACAAAGUCUUGAUGAAGAUCAUGAUGUUGUUGUUGUUUAUCCAAGUGGAAAUCGAUGGACUUUAAAUCCAACUUUAUUAACACGUGUUGAAUUAACACCCGAACAACAAACAGCUAUGCAACGACAACAAACAGCAGCUAAUAUAGCAAGAACAACAGCUUCUCUAGUGCCUAAUCAAGCAUUGAAAGUUAAUGAUAUGGUUCAAAUAUGUAGUGACUUAGAAAGAAUUAAAAUAUUUCAACGUGGACAUGGUGAAUGGGCUGAAGCUAUGGUACCCGCACUUGGAAAAAUUGGUCGAGUUGCUCAUUUAUAUGCUGAUGGGGAUGUUAAAGUUCAAGUUGGUGGUGGUUGUUGGAUUUUUAAUCCACUCGCUGUUACUAAAGUUAAUUCAACACAUGCUAUAGAAGAUGGUCAUGAAGAUCGACUUAAUGCAAUGCUUAAAAAAUUAUUCAGUGCACAAAUCACUGGUGAUGUUCAUGAAGAACUUGUUAAAGCAUCAGCCAAUGGUGAUACAAGAAGAGUAGAAGAAUUAAUAAAACGAUCUGAUGUUGAUGUAAAUGGUAUUUUUGCUGGACAUACACCAUUACAAGCAGCAGCUCAAAAUGGACAUUUAGAUAUUAUUCGUUUACUUAUUCAACAUGACGUUAAUUUAGAAAUUGAAGAUAAAGAUGGUGAUCGAUCUGUACAUCAUGCUGCAUUUGGUGAUGAAGCUGAAGUAUUAGAAUUACUUGCAAAAUCAGGUGCUGAUUUAAAUGCUCGAAAUAAACGACGACAAACAGCAUUACAUAUUGGUGUUUGUAAAGGCCAUUUUGAUGUUUGUAAAACUCUUUUAUCAAAUGGUGCUCAUCCUGGAAUACAAGAUUCCGAUGGUGAUACACCAUUGCAUGAUGCUAUAUCAAAAAGACGUGAUGAUUUAAUUACUAUUUUACUUGAAUACAAUGCUGAUGUAGCUACAUGUAAUAACAAUGGUUUCAAUUCAAUUCAUCAUGCUGCUUUGCGUGGCAAUUCAUCUGCUGUUGAACUUAUUCUUUCUAAAAUUCAAAAUCGUCAAUGGCUUGUUGAUGAGAAAAAAGAUGAUGGAUUUACAGCUUUACAUUUAGCAGCACUUAAUGAUCAUUGUCUUGUUGCUGAAUUACUUUUAACUAAAGGAAAUGCAUCUAUUAAUGCACAAAAUAUUAGUUUACAAACUGCUCUUCAUUUAGCCGUUGGUCGACAACAUUUACAAAUUGUAAAUUUGUUAUGUAGUAAAAAUGCCAAUGUUAAUUUAGCUGACAAAGAUGGUGAUACAUGUCUACAUGAAGCUUUAAGACAUCAUACAUUAUCACAAUUAAAACAAUUACAAGAUGUUGGAGAUACUGGAAGAUUAAUGAAUAUAUUUACAAAUACAAAUAGUUAUGAUAAACGUCCAAGUGUAGCUAUUGCUUGUACUUUAGUUAUACAUGGUGCAGAUUUAUCUGCAAAAAAUAAAAAAAAUCAAAAACCGUUUGAUCUAUGUCCUGAUCCACAUUUAUGUCGAAUAUUAACACAAAAAAAUAUAGAAUACAAUCGAGAGAAUAAUAAUGAUCAACAAUUGUCUCAAAAUAGUAGUUUAACUGAAUGUCUUGUUUGUUCUGACAAUGAACGAGAUACAUUAUUUCAACCAUGUUCACAUAUUGUUACAUGUCAUUUAUGUGCUAGUCGAGUUAAAAAAUGUUUAUUAUGUAAAGAAAAUAUUCAAACAAGAAUUAAAAUUGAACAAUGUAAAAUAUGUUCUCAACGUAAAGCAUCUGUUAUGUAUAAACCAUGUGGACAUCUAAUUUCUUGUGAAGAAUGUGUUGGUCUAAUGGAAAAAUGUUUUGUUUGUCGAGUUACGAUUGAUUCAACAGUAUCAUUCAAUGAACUUUGUUGUGGAAAUAAUGAUAAUCUUUCAAUAAAAUCUGAAACACCAACAACUCCAACACCAACGUCAUCGAAUGACGUAAACGAUGCAGUAGCAUUUGCUCGUUUACAACAACAAUUACAAGAAAUUCGUGAACAAGUGCAUUGUCCAAUAUGUAUGGAUCGAUUAAAAAAUAUGGUCUUUUUAUGUGGUCAUGGUGUAUGUCAAAAUUGUGGUGAUCGUGUACAAGAAUGUCCAAUAUGUCGAAAACCAAUUGAAAAAUCUAUUAUUUUAUAUACAUAG